CGGUUGGUAGUCACUGGUGCGUUCACGUUUUCACUGAAAUGCUAAAACGUUAGCAGUAGCCAAUCAGCAAGCGUGUAUUCAGUAGUCUGGCAUGGAAUUGUUGUGCAUUUAACGUGAAACGUAGUACACGUUUUAUUGAUUAUUGAUUUAAAAAGCCAAUUUAGAUCAUUUAAAUUCCGGUUUAUUGCGUUUGGUGGUAGUUAUCAGGUGAAUUGUUCGCAAGCCUUCCGCAGCAAACGUUAACAUUGUUUUAACUGUUAAUGCUAGUAGUACUAGCGGUGCCUCAAUUCACAAAGAAAGAGAAUUUCUACAGACAGUGCUUGUAAAAACAGACUGUAAAUUUUGUGGGCGGAAAAAAACAGCGCGAACUGCACAUCCGAGGUUCUCGGAAUGGCUGCAACACAGCUUGCAGCCGGAUCAUCCAGCACAUCACAACAAGACCUCGAUGACAUAUAUGAUGGCUUGAACGAACCAGAGGAUUUUGAUAAAAUUGCAGAAGCAAAUGAACUUUUUGAUGCCGUUUUAACUGGUUCUGUCAAUCAAGACAAGAAGACAUAUAUCAAAGAGGAUGCUGCGCAGCACGCCCAAACAAAGAAAGAUGGUAAAUCCAUCCAAAUGGAGAAAACAGCUCAAGGAAAUUCAAAGAGGAGACUGGCUAUCUAUAUUGGAAAUUUUCCCUGGUGGACAUCUGACAAGGACCUCAUGAGCAUGGCUCAGAAGCUUGGCGUGAAGGACGUCACAGAAAUCAGAUUUGCCGAGAAUAAAAUCAAUGGCCAGUCAAGAGGCUAUGCAGAGUUAGUGGUUGAAACAGAGGAGUCCCUCAAAAAAAUGCUGGAAAGAAUACCAAAGUGUAAAAUCAACGGAGAAAGGAUAGACUGUCGCUUUGCCACCCGCCAGAAUCUCGUUAUGUUUGAGGAUGUUGCAAAUAAGCGUAUACCUCUGCGCCUCAACUCAAGUCCCAAAGAACCUAAUCUGGCAGAAAACUUUCCAGCUCCGUUUUCAUCACAAGAGUCCAGUCCUUGCCCCGCUCCACUGCCACCGCCACCGCCAUUUCCACCUCACCUACCUCAUCCACCUCAUCCACUUGCAAACAGCUUCCCUUCAUCCCCAGUUCCUCCUUUUCCUUUCCAUCCACCUCCACUCUUCCCACCAAUGGCUCCAGGAAUGUCACAACUUUCACCACCCUGUCUUUUUCCUCCUCAAAUUCCCCAAUGCCCUGGACAACCCUCUCCUAGUUUUCAUUUAAAUCCUGCAUUCUUCAACCCACAAGAUGGAUACAACAACAAUGCAUACAGCCAACAUAAAUCACAUGUUCCAGAUGGAGAUUUCGAGGAGCUAAUGAACAGAAAUCAAACCAUUGCCAGCACUGCAAUCACAAAAGCUGUGUCUGGAGCCACAGCUGGAGAUCUACAAAUGGCCAUGGAAACACUGUUAACCGCCAUUGCAGUUAUUAAGCAGUCCAGAGUGUACGGAAAUGAACGCUGUGAAGCCCUGGUCACCUCCCUUAAAGACUGUUUGGUCUCCAUUCAGGGGGAUUAUGGCUACAGAAGAAGUAGUCAUUCUAGAGAAAAAGAAAGAGGUCGUGACAGAGAGAGGGAGCGGGAUAGAGAACGGGAGCGCGACAGAGAGCGGCACAGAGAUCGCGACAGAGAUUACUUCCAUAGCGGGGAAAGUGCGGGAAUGUCCCAGAGACGCAGGGAGCGUUCCUGGAGUGAAGAAAGGGACAAGAGGUGGUCUCGAGAACAGCAAAGGGAUCGACACCGCUAACGGGGAACGAUUGGAGGCAGAGGAGCAUUGUUGCGUCGAGUUGUAUAUAAAAGAAUCAAGGAUUGUUUGUUCAAUCUGAGAACACGGUUUUGUUCUUCCUUUAUAUAAUAGGACUUGUUUUAACAAAAAUUGGCUGUAGAUUUUUUCUUGUAAAAUAAGACUUUGUUUGCAUGCACCAUAACAAUUCUUUCUGUAAUCAUUGUAAUUUCACAUUUCUUUUGGUAGAAAAUCUACAAUUAAAAAAAAUCCCAAAGUA